AUGCCAGCAAGCUUCAGAGAUUUCUUGAAAUCGGUUGACGCGGAUGGAACGCCCGAGGCAGUCAUCGUUGAAGCGGAAGCGGCGUUGAAACAUGUACUCCGCAUUGAGAAGCAAUCUUCGCUCGAUGGCGUGACUGGCGAGGACAUUGAUGCGACGUACAAGGGUGAGUCGAUCGACGUGGCAGUCAAGCGUGAUUAUUGGAAGGAUUGCAGCAAGUUGUUAACGGUGCUCUGUGAGAAUGUAGUGCCAUGGGCGGAGCAGCAACUUGGUGCGGUCGAGCUUCCUGCUGCGUGCAGGGCAAUCCUGGGCUGCUCACUGAGCGGCGGCUUUUCGCUCCGAACUCUGUUCAUGCGCCCUGGCCUUUUCGGGAAGAUCAUAUUGGGAUCGCCCUCGUUGCACUUGAUGCCCGACAUGUUUGAGCUUGCUGAAUGCCGUGCGGCAGAUUACCUGACCAAGGAGGUCCGGACGGUCACGUCUGUCCUCUUCAUAUCCACGCAGCACGAGACGCAGGUGUCUUACAGGCGCCUCUUCGAGGCGUCUUACAGGAGCCUCACCUCGUCUGUGAGGCGUGUUACAGGUGCCGCUGCGAGGCGGGCGGCUGGGAAGCAUCGUGUGGCGCUACGGAACGCGAACAUGGACAAUGCGCCUGCGCCGGCGAAGCCGCGCGUGCCGGAGGGCACGCCCGCAAAGCACCCGAUGUCGAUCCGCAAGCGGCCCCGCAGGAACCGCCGCAGCCCCGUGUUGCGCGAGAUGGUGCAGGAAACGACGCUGACGGCCGCCAACUUUAUCCUCCCCCUCUUUGUGCACGAGGGCAGCGAGAGCAUCCCGAUCUCGUCCAUGCCCGGCGUCUCGCGCCUCGGCGUGGACACAGGCCUGCUGGACGCCGUGGGUGAGGCCGUGAAGGUGGGCGUGAAGUCGGUCGUGCUCUUCCCAAAAACGCCGGACGAGCUCAAGACAGCCACUGGCGAAGAGGCGUUCAACCCGAACGGCCUGGCCCAGAGGGCCAUCCGCAACGUCAAGCGGGCUUUUCCCGAAGUGGUCGUUUACACCGACGUCGCGCUGGACCCCUACAACACACUAGGCCACGACGGCAUCGUCCGUUCCGACGGCGUCAUCCUGAACGAUGAGACGAUCAAUUAUUUGUGCAAGCAGGCUGUGUCGCAGGCGGAGGCCGGGGCAGAUUUCGUCAGCCCGAGCGACAUGAUGGACGGCCGCGUGGGCGCCCUGCGCGACGCGCUGGACGCGGCCGGCUUCACGGACGUCGGCAUCAUGUCGUACAGCGCCAAGUACAAUUCUGCCUUCUACGGCCCCUUCCGAGAGGCGCUCGACUCGGCGCCCGCCGGACUCGAGGGCUGGACCGUUCCCAGCGACAAGGCCACCUACCAGCAGAGCCCAGCCAACUACCGGGAGGCCCUCCUGGAGGCCGCGCUGGACGAGGAGGAGGGCGCGGACAUCAUGAUGGUGAAGCCGGGCCUGCCCUACCUGGAUGUUAUCAAGGGCCUCUCCGACCAGAGCAACCUGCCCAUUGCGGCCUACCACGUCUCUGGCGAGUACGCGAUGCUGAAGGCGGCCGCUCUGAACGGCUGGGUGGACGAGAAGAGGGCCGUGCUGGAGGCCUUGAUGUGCAUCAGGCGGGCGGGCGCCUCGGUGAUCCUGACCUACUACGCCGUGCAGGCCGCCAAGUGGCUGCAGCUGAACCGGGAGUUCGAUUCUGCAGCAGCCAUGGCGGCAAUCGGCGCCAGGCUCUGGGCCAUGGUGGCCGCCAGGACAGAUGCAGGUGUCUUCCUCAAGAUCAACUCCGGGCGAGUCGGGCUCGCGUCCACGCCCGCCGCUAUCGCGCGCUUCGCGGAGCUCGAGCUGGGGGACAUGGUGCUGUGCUGCGUCAGCGGGUUAAGCCUGGACGGCUCCUACAUCUACCUGGACAGGUACGACCACGACUGGGACUACUUCGACCACCAGCUGCGCCCGAGCGGCGCGCCCGAGGUCGGGGUGUACGGCCGCGAGCACAGGCACCGCACCACGCUGCUGGGCGCCGCGGGGCCGGACCCUCUGCUCGUGCGCGGGCUCCCCGCUGCGCAGGCGCUCGAGGGCGGCGACGGGCUCGAUGAGUGGGACGCCGAGCCGGAGGACAUGGGGCUGCCCGACGCCGUCGAGGACUGA